AUGCCCUUAGUUUACAAUCAUGGCGUUCACGUUUGCUGCGUUUUGCUACAUAGCCGCUCUUAUUUUUACUGCUGUGCUUAUAUUCUUCGUAAUAUUUCACAUAAUUGCAUUUGACGAGUUGAAAACAGACUACAAGAAUCCCAUAGAUCAGUGUAACAGUUUGAAUCCACUUGUGUUACCUGAAUAUGCAAUACAGAUUCUGUACACAGUGCUGUUUGUAUUUGCCUGGCAGCUGGGAUCGGUUCUCUUCAACCUGCCUUUGUUAGUCUAUCAUGUCAGAAGAUACAUGAACAGGCCUGUGAUGAGCUCCCCCGGGCUGUAUGACCCCACAACAAUAAUGAAUGCAGACGAACUAAAUCGAGCACAGCGAGAGGGCUGGGUGAAACUGGCAUUUUACCUCAUAUCAUUCUUCUAUUACCUUUACAGUAUGAUAUAUGUCCUGGUGUCCAACUGAGGCUGAUGCUGUGCUUCGUGUAUCACGGAGAGAACUGCCAGAGUUAACGCGAUGCGGAUGUUGACAUAGAAGUGACAAGUUGUGUGUGUACAGUCAUCUUGUAAGGACUGACACAAGAUGGAAUCACAACAUGUUAUCAAAUUAUGAAGGCAGGAUAUUGUGCACAGUGCACAAAGAUUUGAGAAUAUAUGGAACAGUCUGUGACUUUAACCACUAGUCCAAAGCCUAUGUCUAGAAAAAGUUCUUUCGAUCUUGUAAGCUUUGCUAUUAUAAGUCCAAGCAUUAAAAACUACUGAAAAUGGUGUCAAGUGAGCGGUCUGGGCCAGUAGAUCUAAAGGUUUUCUGCACAGACUGUAAUUGUACAUUUUAAAUAUGUCAUUUCUGUAGUGUCAAAAUUGUUUGCUUGAUUAAUGUUACAUCAUCUUAGAUCUUUCUUGGCUUCCAUGGUUCACAAUAAUGGGGUACUGAUACUUUAAUUAACAUACAAAUUAAGGAAGAGAAUUUAUGGAUGUCAACUUCUUUAUUAUGAGGAACAAAAUGUAACAAAGAAGUCUACAUCCAUAAAUUCCCCUCCUUAUCUGUAUCCCUUCUAAAUGCCUUUCAAAGACUUAAGCUCAAAAUUGACUAAGAAAAUAAAUAUUGUAAUGGAGAUGUAUGUCAUAUUUUGUUGAUUCUCACAAUUUGCAGAAAAGUGUCAUUAAAAUAAACCGUAUGUACGACAAAGGUAGACAAGACACGCUUAAAUAGUAAGCUAUUUUCAGUAAAAAGGGUAAAUUCCAAACUCAUUUUGAGUCCUUUAAAAUCCACCCCAAGUUCUGGUCUUUUGUAGAUAACACUUGCUGUAUAAUGUUAUGCUUUACAGGAACUGCCGAUGUAAUUAUAACCUGUAUGAACAAGAAUUUUUAUAAACUUACCAUCAUGUAUUGUUUGUGUUGAAUUGAUUUCCCUUCUCCCUGUUGUACGGAGUUGGUGUCCUAGAUUCAUGCAGAGUGUGAUCACUGGCCUGUCAACAUAUUUCUGUUUGUGGGGGGUAGGGAUGUCAGGAUAUGCCUACCUCAUGAGUAUUGCGAUGCGAAGUUGCGUCUGUUUGUGUGAAAUUCUCCAUUUUCCAUGUGGCCACAAUGGCGGCAGGUUGUUGCUCGACCAGUUUGAGGUAAGUUCACAUGGCGGGUUAGCUGACAUGAUGAGACAUCUUCCCAAGGCAGGAGAGUUAACUGACUGUGAAAGUCCAGUUUCCACCCUUUGCUGAACUAGAUUAUGGAGUUUUAUUUGGCUGAACUAAGAGUCUGCAUGGUCCAAUCAAAAUCGUGUAAUGAAAUCAACAUCCGCUUCGUAAACUGACACAGAUUUUGGUCGAUUUUCGGUUGCAAAGCAUGUGUACCUCCAGCUACAGAUAUUUUCCAAAUCUGUUCAUGUCUUUAAUCAAGGUGCACAAAUCAUUUGAUGCUCUUCGCUAGGUAAGACCCAAAUAUUGAAAGAUCAUGAUAAUUGAUCAGAUCAUCUUAACAGGGGACUGCCUUUGUUUGAAGCAAGUGAUAUGAGAGGUGGAAUCUGAUUGUCAAACGGAGGAACAAAGAAGGGAUAACUCGUAAUACCCACUGGUAUCGUGGCGCUAUAAUCGAGCCCAGAAGUUCCAGCCUGAUGUAAUUCGCCAAGGGUGGAAACUGGACUUUUACAGUCAGUUAACUCCCUUGCCUCGGGAAGAUGUAUUACAGUGAGUGACACCAGACUAACUCAAGCUUCAUCAGCUUCACAUCUUGUGAUCAUAUGUAAAUAAAGACGAUGCUGUUUGUUAAUCCGUGUUCUAAUGUUGACGCUCUGCUUAUCACAAAGUAUGGAGAACGGGAUGAUUCUUGAGAUUUCUCUCUUUUGCUCAAAUGCAUGUAGCUUCAAUCCUAAAUUCUCCCACCUACUGUAAUGUACUCGUUACUUUUAAAUUCUUACAUAUGGCUUUUGUUACAUGUGUGUUUAGUGUUGUCAAAUAAGAGGUAAGAUUUAAGACAGGGGGCUUUGAAACUACAAAUUUUAUUAAAGUGCUUAAUCAUGUUCCUUCAUGGAAGGUAGGUGUCACAGGUUAUAGAACAAUGGCAGGUAAGCCUGGCUUUUAAGCGACAAACAUUUUGUGUUUUUAUAACGCAGCCCCCGCAGCAUUAAAGGUGUUCGGAAAUAUUCAAGUCUGGACCAGACAAUACAGUGAUUGAUAUCACUAACAUUGACCGUGUAAUUGGGUUAAAAUGACCUAAAUCAACCUAGCCUUACUACCUGAUCCAAUAGUCACAUCAUAUGACAAGCUUAGAAUGCGGAGGACCUUUAUUCUUACCAAAGUUCUCACAGGUCUACAAAAUAGAUCUAAAAUCCAUGAACUUGAUUAGCAACGAAUGUCUGAUUCUUACACAUAUUGAAAACAAUAAUCACUACAGAAUACUAGUAGCGACAGAAAGCGUACUUGUACUUGAGAAAAGAAAAAAUUGAAAUCAUCUCUCAAAACAUUUUUCAUCUGAAACCGGCCUGGUAUCUUGUGACCAUGGUAACCAUGAUGCUAGCCUUCCCAAGGACAGAGUUGGAUAUACAGGGAGUUAUAUCUUGGUUAUCGCAAAGCGAAUCAUACUUUCUAAAAACUAAUUUUUGAGAAUAGAUAAUGGAAUGUUUUCUGAUUGACAAGCUGUCAGUGUCACUUGUACUAGUAGUUGGAUGCAUAUCAUGUAAUUAUUUACUUCUUCCAACAUGACCAAUGCAAUUAAUCAAAUGUAGUUUCCAAAUCAAUAACACAUGCUGGAUGUUUAACCCUUGCUGUGUCAGGGUGUUCUGUUUAUUUUUCUACUGUCUGUGUGCAUGUGUGCGUAGUUCCAUAUCCCAGUGCUUAAAAUCCAUGUACUGCCAAACCAGAUAAUGGCUUCUGUGUUGCCCAUAACCAGUGCUUUGUUGAAGAACUUGACAUGAAGUUGUAAUAUGUCAUUAAUGUAUUUAAACAUAUGUUUUGUAUUGUAUCGGUUGUAUUGUGCUCAGCAUUGUGAUGGUAUUUGAAGAUUGUCAUUUGAUUUAUUCGUAUGAAUAAAUUCCAAUGUGAAGGAAUGUGCAAUUGUUUCCUUUAUGAUAAUAAGUUUCUUAAACACAUAAAUAUCAGCAAAUGUGGUUCUCAGGCAAUGUAUAUCUUAUGAAGGAUGUCUACUGGUCAGAAUUAAUUUUUCCAAGAUAGGUAUUUUUCAAAUAUAUUGAGCUUGGCGCUAUUGUUAUCUACGGUCCCAAAUUCACUCUUUGAUAUAGAGACAUAUAUGGAAAUAACACACUAUCUAUCCAGUUUUGCAUCGAAAUAUCAUUAAUAGUAUUUAACUUUAAAAUAUAUACCCACAUUUGGAUAAAACAUUUAGGUAUAAGAAGACAUCAUAAUUUCUAUAUGUUUUAAUAGCGUGCUUAUUUUGUAAAUGGAUUAACACAUGCACAUUUACGUAUAUCCCUCAAUUUCUAUUAUUCCGCAAGAUACCAUUGAUGUCAUUCAUUGGUGUUACAAACAAGAUUACAAUGAGGUGAUGUCUUGGUUUAAAGAAUGUUGCAGCACUACACACGUUGACUUUUGCCUAAGCUAUAUGUGACCUGUUUUAAAACAAUUUUGAAACUAUUUUUGACAGUUUGACUUUUAGUCUUAUCAUUCUCGUCUGCAUCACUUCAGUUUGGCAAUAAAUUGGCUUAGAAUAUGUCGCUAAAAACUCCUGAUACGCGUCAGUUCCAACAGACAUCUUUAUAAUACCGCCACCCCGGGUACAAUUAAUGUUUUUUGGUUAAACAACUAAAAUCUUCUCAUAUGAGGUAUAAUGCUGAUAAAUUAUGCGCCUGAGAAACAAAAAUAUUUUAUUAAAUUGUGCACCGUAUCAUGAUAAAUUUUUCCCAUUUCCCAUUUGAUCCUUUGGAAAAUGAUGUAAUAAUUGUAUUGAUUUGGCGUAAUAGCUGUAAUUCAAUAAUGUCUUUACUGAUCUUUAUAAAGUGGAAAUUUCAUGUUUAUCGAGCUAAGUAGGCACUAUUCAAUUUGGGAAAAUUAUCAGGUACAGGUUAUUAUUUUGUCCUUUCACAUGCAGAUUAAUAUACAGUAAGCACUGACAUUUGUUCAUGUACAUGUUGUUUCUGUGGUUGUUAUAAUAUCUGUUUACUCAAGGCAAAGUACACUGCACGUUUUUUAUCUUUGCUUCACAUGUGUGUUUUGCAGACAUAUACCUUUUUAUUAUUUUUAUCAUAAUUUUUUUCCAGUUUUGCUAUUUUCAGCUCUUUAUAACUAGUUAUUUUCGAUCUCAGGUUUAUGUUUUAGGGCUUUUUGUUAUUGAUUAUUCACCUGGAUAGUGAAACCAGUUCACAGCCCUGUCUCACAAUGCUAACCCCUCUUCCCUGCCUAUUUGCAACUUCCUGAGGCAAGAGAAUCAACUGAAAGUUUGGCAAGGGUGGGAACUGCACUUUUUCAGUCAGUUGACUUCCUCUCCUCAGAAAGAUGACGUAUUUGUCUGUCUAGGUUUGUUUACAAUCAAAAACUAACAUUUCUGGUACUUUGACCAUGUUUAUGAGGUUUGUCUACUUUUUAAUGAAACCUACUCCUCCAGGAAUACAGGACACUUUUGGGGGAUACCAACUUCUUUUCUAUUCUAUAUGUUUCAGGGCUACUUCUUGCCCAUUUACCAUUAAGCAUGUAGGGUUAAAAUAUAUAUAUAUAUAUUUACUCAAGGUGAUUUGUUUACCAUGUUUACACAAGGUAUGAAUAAUGUACAAAGAUAACAAUAUAAUAACAAAGCAAAUGAUAUUAACAGGAGAGAAGCCAUUUGAAGAUGAAGGGAUGGGGCUUCCUAAUUCGCUUCUCCUAUCACUCACUGGCUUCAUUAAUAUACUACUCAAAAGAAGUUAAGGAUCACCAGAUUCUUUCAUAUUGGUAGUGUUAAUUUGUCAUGGCAUGAGAGUUUAACUAUUGUAAUAUGGAAGAAUCAGGUGAUCCUUAACUUCUUUUGAGUAGUAUAUAUUGUUAUCCUUGAACAUUAAUUCUACUUUGUGUAAAACAAAUCACCUUGUGUAAACAUACAUAUAUAUAUGCACCAUGAAAUGGUGAAACGUCAUCACAAAGAACAAAAGAAGUUGUUAUCCUUAAAAAGUGUCAUGUAUUCAUGUUCUUCGUACUUUUUAAUACCUAUGAAAGACUUCAUACUCCUACAGGUGUUUCUCAAUGCCGAAACCUUGGAGGGUGUUUCAUAACCCUUUACUUUACUUUGCUGGUAUAUUGCACACAGUGAUGAAUAGGAAGGUAGUAGAAAGGAAUAGCAUGGAUAAUUCUAGGGUGGGGCCUUGUGCUUUAGCCCCUAAAUUUGAAAAAAGGCCCACAUUUUCAAAUACAAUGGGGCAUUUUAACAUUGUGCUGUAUCGGCGUACCUUUUUCACAUAAAGGGCCCAUGUCAGAAAAUUCAUAGAAUGAACCCUGGAAUAGGAAACAGUUGCAAUACAUUUUGAAUAACAGAGCAAUUGGUUGUCAAAAAGUACAAAUCAAAAUCAACACAACUUUGUUGUCAUGUAGUUUGACAAAUCAAGGCAUGACAACUAGUUUCCUUACCUUCAUAUGUACCUUAAUACACCUGCUGCAUGUUCUGUAAUGUGAAUGUCAAGGUAAUUGUGAUCAUAAAAAGACUGUGAAUAAACUUCACUUUUUGUAAGGAUGGACAGUGUCUGGCUGGAUGCUCAGAUGCUGAUGGUCAUGCCUGAAUGAAAACCUUGUUUCUUUGAACAUUAACCAUGUAACCAGAAGUAGUCAAAUUCUAUUUUUAGGAGAGGUGCCAACUGGCAUUACAAUUAGUGGAAAACUUACUCUUGUUAUUUUCAUGGUCUGGUGUAGUCAAGUGAUCAGUUCAUUCUUUCUGUAGGGUGGUUACCAUAGGACGUAGUUAGAGAGAGAUAUAAUUUAUCAGUAUUCAGGCUGAUAAAAAGUACACAUAUCUCAAAGGAAAGACAAUUUCAUAUUUCUAGUCAUCCUUGAUCAUCCAGUGUAUUGUGUCUUCAUCCUAUGUUGAUAAGUACCCUGGACCAUGGUUUCAUUUUGAGCCUUUUCAAAUGAGUGAGUGAGUAUGGUUUUACGCUGCUUUUAGCAAUAUUCCAGCAAUAUCACGGCGGGGGACACCAGAAAUUGUCUUCACACAUUGUACCCAUGUCGGGAAUCGAACCCGGGUCUUCGGCGUGACUAGCGAACGCUUUAACCACUAGGCUACCCGACCGCCUCUUUUCAAAUGGCAUGAUGCUAAGAUUAGCUGUCAAAAUCAAAUUGUAAUUGUAUGCUAAGUCAGAUAAGAGCAUUUGAGGUGGUACAUCGUGCCAAGAAGGACGUAGUUUGUGAAUGGGUUCCAGGGUAUUCAUCACAAUAAAAGGGAGAUGUGAUACACUGCAUAAUGGAGGAUUAUCUGUUGUUGCACAAUAAUAGAUUUUGUGUCCUUAUCUGUGACAUAUGUAAACAUAAACUGUAAUAAGUAUUUUGCCAUAUACAAUUUACCAACAUAUAAUACAAUCUUGAUUGAGACCUAAAAUGGAAUCUUCCUUUCUUGAAAUGGGGUAAUGAAUAUCUUCAUGUGUCUGAGGUCAAGCCAAAGGUACUAAACCAGAUAUUACAAAGGUGCAUUAUUAACACAUGCACAGUAAAAAUAAUGUUUCUUAGUCCACUUUGAAUAGAUUUUUGUGUUCAGGGUUUUGAUUCUGUUUGUUUACCAAAAGUAACAGCUUCCCUCUGUGUGUCAUUUGAUGUGAUAUGUGUGUGUCUUCAAGAUGCCUUUCUGAUUAGUAAGCUUUCUGAACAUUAAUUCUCUGAAUAAUUAAUUAAGCCCGAAUAAUGAAACCACCUUCAUGGCAAAUGACAUUUGAACAACGCUUUUUGCAGUUUUAAUAAAGAAACUUUUAAACAA